UUAAACUACUCCCAACCUCCGAGCAGACUUUGCCAUAAAAACUACCAGACCUUUCAGCGCAACACUGCAAAGAAUUAAAUAACCUUUGGCCACUCUACUUGUGAGACCUAGAAUAAUCCCCCUCCCUCCACGCGCACACGUUGAAUCUUUUCGUUUUUCUUGUUUGUCUUAUGCUACCCAACGAACAGCUUAAGUGUGUAUUUUUCCUCAUUUUUAGGGGUUCUGCAUUUGCCAGUUCAUCUGGUUGGAUCUACGUCAUCCCACUGUUUUUUUUCUUUUUCUUCUUCUUUUUAACGAAAUACGUCACGUUUCAUUUUGAGAAAUAAAUCACCAUCAAUUGAGGACUUGCUUGUGCCGUCUAGAAACUGGGUUGAUUACGGCUGCUUGAUUUCUGACAGUAUAAUGGCCACCUUACCAGGAACGGUACCAAGAAUGAUGAGACCAGCGCCAGGCCAGAAUUACCCCCGUACCGGAUUCCCCUUGGAAGUGUCAACUCCUCUGGGUCAAGGUCGUGUAAAUCAGCUUGGCGGAGUGUUCAUUAAUGGGAGGCCACUGCCAAACCAUAUCCGACACAAGAUAGUCGAGAUGGCACACCACGGCAUCCGGCCCUGCGUGAUCUCACGGCAGCUUCGAGUUUCCCACGGUUGCGUGUCCAAAAUCCUUUGUCGGUACCAAGAAACGGGUUCCAUCCGUCCCGGGGCCAUAGGUGGAAGCAAACCCAGGCAGGUAGCAACUCCUGAUGUGGAGAAGAGGAUCGAAGAAUACAAGCGAGAGAAUCCGGGCAUGUUCAGCUGGGAGAUCCGGGACAAGCUGCUGAAGGAUGGCGUGUGUGACAGAAGCACAGUUCCUUCAGGUGAGGCCCCAUCUGUGAGUUCCAUUAGCCGGGUUUUACGAGCUCGGUUUGGCAAGAAAGAUGAUGAAGACGAUUGUGAUAAGAAGGAUGAAGACGGGGACAAGAAAACCAAGCACAGCAUUGACGGCAUCCUCGGCGAUAAAGGCGGUCGCAUGGACGACACCUCAGAUGUGGAGUCCGAACCCGACCUGCCCCUGAAGAGGAAGCAGCGGCGGAGCCGCACCACCUUCACGGCGGAGCAGCUGGAGGAGCUGGAGAAGGCCUUCGAGCGCACGCACUACCCCGACAUCUACACCCGCGAGGAGCUGGCCCAGCGGACCAAGCUGACGGAGGCCCGCGUGCAGGUGUGGUUCAGCAAUCGAAGAGCCAGGUGGCGCAAGCAAGCGGGAGCCAAUCAGCUGGCAGCCUUCAACCACCUGCUGCCUGGUGGGUUCCCGCCCACUGGGAUGCCGACUCUGCCGACGUACCAGCUUCCAGAGUCGACCUACCCCACCGCCACGCUGCCACAGGAUGGCAGCAGCACAGUACACCGGCCCCAGCCCCUGCCCCCCUCCACCAUGCACCAGGGUGGGCUCACGGGCGACAGCGGCUCCGCCUACGGCCUCUCGUCCAAUCGCCACAGCUUCUCCAGUUACUCCGACACCUUCAUGAGCCCCUCAGCCUCCAGCAACCACAUGAACCCAGUCAGCAAUGGACUCUCUCCGCAGGUGAUGAGUAUCCUGAGCAACCCCAGCACAGUGCCUUCCCAGAGCCAGCACGACUUCUCCAUCUCGCCGCUGCACGGCAGCCUUGAGGCCUCCAACCCCAUCUCAGCCAGCUGCAGCCAGCGCUCGGACCCCAUCAAGAGCGUCGACAGCCUGGCUUCCUCACAGUCCUACUGCCCGCCGACCUACAGCACCACCAGCUACAGCGUGGACCCCGUCGCCGCCGGCUACCAGUACAGCCAGUACGGGCAGACCGCCGUGGACUACCUGGCGAAGAACGUGAGCCUGUCCACGCAGAGGCGGAUGAAACUCGGCGAGCACUCAGCUGUCCUGGGACUGCUGCAGGUGGAGACAGGACAAGCAUAUUGACACCAGCCACCCCAUGCCCCUCCCGACAGGCCGGGACACCCCGGCGACCCCGUCCCCAGUACCAGCACUCCGCUCCGAACCUAACGUGCGCUCCAGUGCAGAAGCACUUCCCAGAGCUUUGUGUGUGUGUGUGUGUGUGUGUGUGUGUGUGUGUGUGUUCGUGUGUGUGUAUGCCCGUCUGUGUGUGUCUUAGCGUUGCCGUGGGAGCUCUGGAGCCGAAGCAGCCAAUCAGCCCUCGUUCCAUGGCUGCGAAGCAGCCAAUGAGAGUGAGAGGGCUUUGAAAAUAAACAGUCAAAAAAACAAACAAAUUAAAAACAGCCAUUCUAAUACCAGCCAUCAAACACCUCACCCCCCCCCCAGCUCCCCCCCAUGCUCCUGUUCAAUGAGCAACUGGUUCAGAGUCUUUCAGGACUCGAGCAGAUAUGAAGACAACAAGCGGUCCUCGCUACAGCCAAAACCACAGCCCGCAGGCGGCAAACGUUAGCACACAACAUCCCUGCCGUAUCUCCCACUGGAUUUUGGACUUUGCUGUUGAUAGUAGCUUAGUGAUUGUCAUAAUAAUUCAAUUUGUUACUAUUAUUGUUAUCGCUGUUAUUAUUCUUGAUGUUGUUAUUAUUCUAAUUAUUGUAAUUAUGUUGUUUCAAAUUUUUUUUUAUUUGUACAUUAUUUUCCUCAUUAGGCCUUGGGGUGAUAUGUAAACAGAUAAGUGAAGGAGUUUUGACCGAGAGGACAGCUACCACGCGAAACCUCGGGGAUAUUCGCUUUCCAGAAGUGCUCCCUCUGUCUUAAUGGUCAUGAGUGAUUUGACCUUCCUGUUUUAAGCUUGACAUUCCGGCAAUACUCGGCCAUUCCGUGGAAAAAGUCUCCGCUGGGUGGGAAGUAUUUGAGAGCGAUAAGCUAUUAUACAGCCAGUGGUGACCCCACCUACCCCCCCCCCCCCCCAGCCUUUCCUAAAUAUUCAUCCAUUCCAUCCCUAUCCUCAUCUCCAGACAAGAUUUGGGAAUUUGUAAAAAAAAUACCACAAAAAUCAAAGCAGAAGUGUAGAGAGCUCAGAUCACACUCUUUAGUUUAAAGUAUAGAGCAUGGUGCAAGGCAUAGUCCAGAGAGGGAACGAUCUCUACUCACUCUCCAUUCAGCAGCCCUGUAGGCCAAGGCUAACAGAACAUCAUAGCCGCUGAACACAUGCUGAAGAAAGAAACACCUCACUUGUUCCACACCAUACAGACGACCUCAAUUCAUGAAAUUUCCCACGAAGUACCAACAGUACUUUCAGACUUCGUACAUUCCCCUGUGGAAUAAGGCGUACAGUCUGUGAUCGGUCUCUGCGAUGGAUAACAUCAGCUGGAAAUGCAACAGCUGUCUGCCCCAACUGGGAAAGUAAAGCCGGUCUCCAGUUCCACCAUUUCCUUUGCAGUGGCUGCCAUACCCAGAGCAAAUCACGUUCUUCCAACUCUGUCAGAAAAAUAGCACUAACCUUUGGAACCACGACUGCGACCUCGCUGUUAAAAAAAAAUAACGUGUAGUUUUGUCCAACCAGCAAACUCACACGACCAGAGGGCUAAUGUGCCCCGAUUUGAUUGUAAAACCAUGUUUGCGUGGACCAUAAGAAACUCUGCGUUCCAGUCCACACACACUCGCAUACGAAUACUCGAGGAUAAUUAAAUAAACAUUUGCGUAGCACUCUUAGAUAACAAAAUCUACUGUAUGAAGUUAAAUAUAAAGAUGAUUGUACAGUAGAUAUGAACCAGAUUGUGUACCGGUUGUCUGUAUGGAGUAUGUUUUAUACUAAAACAAUGAAAUGUGCCGUGAUGUACUGAACAGGGAUCAGUUAAAGUCUUACAAUGUAUAUUUCAGUUACAUUCCUUAAUAAUGGUUUAUUUCCCUUGUUUGUUUUUCUUUUUAAAUAUGUUGCAUUGACGUUUUUAAAUGAAAUCACAGAUUGUAAUACUUUUACUUGCCUAAAGCAACAAUAUCUUGACAGAGAUAUUAUUUGUAAAUCAACUCACCCACCCCAAGUAUUAAUAAUAAAUCAUAUAAAAGA